AUGGGUUCUAACGGAAUCAGUGAAACCGAAUGGUCAAAGAGUGGUCAACAUACAUCAUUCACUGAUCUUGAUCUUACCGAGAAUGGUGUCAAGAGAAUGAUUGCCACUGGCAAGGCAUUGGUCGGCCCCGAUCGUAUGAUUGUUCCUGAAUUCAUCGAAAAAAUCUUUGUAUCUCCUCGUAAGAGAGCUCAUCAUACUUUAGAGUUACUCAUGCAAGAUCACAAGGGUGAGCUGGCUAAAUUGGACGUUGAAACCACAGACGAUGCUCGGGAAUGGGAUUACGGCGACUACGAGGGUAUGAAGACGGCUGAUAUCAGGGCUCUACGUAAAAGUAGAGGCCUGGACAAAGAUCAUGAUUGGUCUAUUUGGAGAGAUGGGUGUGAAGGUGGUGAAUCUCCCGCUGACAUCACUGAGAGAUUGGAUAGAUUGAUUGCCAAGAUCGUUGAGAUUCAUAGAAAAGCAAUUAAAGAGAGGAGAUGCUCUGAGGUCAUUGUUGUUGCUCAUGGUCAUAUUCUUCGUAGUUUUGUAUUGAGAUGGCUCAAGCGCCCUAUCGAAGAUAACCCAUCGCUUAUUCUUGAAGCUGGUGGUGUUGGUGUACUCUCCUAUGAGCACAAUAGCUGCGAAGAGCCUGCUAUUUUCCUUGGUGGUGCCUUCCAUGUGCCUGACGUAUAA